AUGAAUGCACCAGAUCGAUUCGAGUUGUUCAUUCUUCCUGAUGGCGUUAAAAAAAUUUCAUAUGUUCCGGACCCUAACGUUGAAAAAGCGGCAACGUUCACGAUAGAAAAAGAGGAUCACACAAUUGGAAACUUAAUCCGAUAUCAACUUUUAAAAGAGAAUCAAGUCACAUUCGCCGGUUACAAAAUGCCACAUCCGUUAGAACAUCACGUAACGGUAAAAGUGCAGACUGUCAAAGAGACUGCUCCGGAAACUAUGAUGGCUAAGGCGCUUAAUGAUUUGAUUGGGUUGACUGGACAUUUAAGACAAAAAUUUGUGGAAGAAUUAGCUAAAGCUAAAGCUGCAAAUAUAAGCGGUGAUACUCUUCUAAUCCCGGAUCAUGAUUCACUUCAUCACCCCCAUCAUCCACAACAAUCAAUGCCUCCGACCUUGUCUGUCUCGUCGAAUAUUACCGGUGGAUCCGUGGCUAAUUUGCAACAGCAUGUAGAUAUGGACUUUUGA